AAAUGGAGUCUUUCACAAUCAUAAAUCAUUAACCUUUCCGUAGGCGACGGAGCCAGUCCCACGAACGUCCACAGUCAGUGGGUGGCAAAAACUAAGCACCGUAUCAAUGAAAUGCCAUUUUUUGUCUAUAAUGUUUUCGCUAUGCCAGAAAGUUGGAGCGCAGCCUACUCUCUGGCUAGAUAGCUCUUCCCCCUGCUGAAUCACAAGGCUGGAAAUCAAGAGGGGAGAAGACAAAAAGAAAACACAGCUCCUCUGUGGAAGAUCUCACUACGGACACGGGUCAUUUUUCACCUGGCUUGCCUCUUUAAUGGAACAAAUGUGGACUUAUCGAGCGUGGCAAAGCAGGGCAUGGCUUUAAGCAGGCUCCUGCUGCUAUGUAUGUUAGUCUCUGAAGUGCGGGAUGCGGGGACCAAGCCCAUUGACUUUGUGUGCAGCAGAUCGGCCAGAAGGGCAAUGAAUAUUGUGGCAGAGAUGCAAGCUGCAAUGAAUGACUGCAACAGUUCUACCCCACUGUCCACGCCAGUUCAUCUCCCCUGCACCGAGCUCCACAUAGCAUCUUGGGAAAGAAAAUCACAUCAGGAGAGGAGAGAAGACAUCGUUGCAUCCUUGAGGCUCCUUGUGGAGACUGUGACGGUGGCGAGGCCCCUCAGCCAGGCUGAAUGCGGCUUGGGGCUUUUGCAGAGGUUGGAGCACAACAUCAACAGCUACCUCCUCAUCCUCACACAUCUUCAACUGAGUGACCAACAGGGGUCAGUGGAGAGCGCAGGCUUGUCUUGUGUUCCUGGAAGCACCCUCAGUUUAAACACAGUCCUGCUGAACUACAACCGCCUGAUCACAGGCAAACUGGAGCGGUUGAUGAUUAGCCUGGAAAGCAGAUGCACCCCUCAAUGACAACAUGAACAUCUUCAGGAAACACCACUCUCUGUUAGUUAUGUUCAAUCAAUCAAUCAAAGUUUAUUUAUAUUGCCCUUAAUAAAAAAUGUCUUAAAGGGCUGCACAAGCCACAACGACAUCCGCGGCUCGGAUCCCACAUUAGUAACAAUUGAUCCAGCAGCGGGGCAAUGCUGUUUUAAAUGGGAUUUGAAAAAUCUCUUUCUGAAUGUUCUGAACUCCUGUUUCAAUAUGUUGAGUGGAAAAAUGCUGCCCGGCCAAAGGAGUUGCAAUAGUGUGGAUCAAGCUCAACUUCUACAGUACUUUACUUCUUUAAACCGUAAAGCAACAGCGCCUCUGCUGGUUGCGGACAAGUAGUGCACUCCAUUCUGCAUCAAUUGCUGCAAGAUGCGAUCAAUCAACAAUCCAUUUCACGCAAUCAACAGAAUUCUUAACACAUGUAGUCCUAUUAAUUUUAGUUUUGCAAUGAUUGAUUUCACAUUUAAUGGACAUGUGGGGUUUUGAUAAAGUACAUAAUUUGACUUGAUUAAAUAAGCUUAUGGACAAAUACAUUUGCUUCUGUACAGCCUUUAGACUCCAUUCCCACUGUGAAUGCAUCCAUCAAAACUAUACAGUAUACUAUACAGUAUACCAGAGCAACCUGCUUCUUGUAGUAUCAUUUAUGUUACUGCAAACGAUUGUUGAUGUUAUUUUUGUCAUGCUCAAUGUUAAUAUAGCUGUAAAAAAUGUAAGCAAGUUGAACUAUAGCUGCUAUACAUUGUAAAUAACUUAUUUUUGUUAUACAGUAUACUGCAUAUAUAUAUUGGGGUUGUCAAAAGGAUUAUAACAAUUUCAUCAGAUUUAUCAGUUUUCAACUUAAUUAAUUUUAGGUGUGAAAUAUGCCUAUAUUCACUGUAUCACUAACAGAAAAAAGGUGACAGGACACAAUUGUAACAUACUGUAAUGUAUACAUAUUAAAUGAAACAUACCACCCAUGGAUUUAUAGCCUUUUUUUCCAUUGUUGUUUAUUAUUUCCUGUCAGACUCUUAUUUUGUAUUUUCCAUUUCCUGGUUUGGCCGUUGGCAGUAGCUUUGCAUUGAUGGUGCAGAUGUGUGGAAUUAAUAAUCAACACUGUUUGAAUUGAGCUGAACUGUGUGUUACGGACCUUGUUGCCAUUCUGGAUUGUUUAGACUUUACCUUUUGCUUCCUCCUAAUUUUUUUCUUACUUUACACAUACUUUGCACAUUCCUUUGCCGAGUUUCUACAAGGAGCUUGCCGUGCUUCCCAGCCUGCCUGCAUUCUCGUUUUUGUAUAUAGUUUCAUUUUAAUGCACAGGUAGUGGAGCGAAAACUCUUUUUGACUGCACCUGCAAAGAUGUCAUAGCAUUGAUUCUGGGGAAAGGCCACGCGUUUGUAGAGUGCACCGUGGCACACAGCAUCGGCGUGGUACUUAACACUUUUGGUGUAACUGAAACUUUUCCUGCAAAUCACUUCUUUUUGUUUGACUGUUCCAUAAUUGUUUUGAUU